UCUGCAGCUCGCAUAUCCGCAGGCACCCGGCCGGCUCAGCCUGCGCCGGGCCGCCUUGCUAGCUCCGGGCUCGGCAGGCGGCCCGUGGGGUCCCGGAUCGCUGCGCCCACAGCUGGAAACCCAGGCAGGCGCUGACCUGAGGCCCGGAGGCCCGCAAGACCUUCGGUCAUUUUUAGGGGAGGAAAUGCAGGCGUAGAAGGUACUGACCCCAGAAGCGGACCGGAUCAGGAGGUUCCUGCUCGCCUGUGGUGUGACACCUUUACAAGCACUUUAUGGUAGCCCUCGGACCCCUCCACACCACGGUUCCACGCAGCUCCUGAACCAUGGGAGAAAAUGAGGAUGAGAAACAGGCCCAGGCCAGCCAGGUCUUUGAGAACUUUGUGCAAGCUACCACAUGCAAAGGCACCCUCCAGGCCUUCAACGUCCUCACCUGCCUCCUGGACCUAGAUCCGCUGGACCAUAGAAACUUCUACUCUCAGCUCAAGUCCAAGGUGAACACCUGGAAGGCCAAGGCCCUCUGGCACAAGCUGGAUAAGCGUGGCGCCCACAAGGAGUACAAGCGAGGGAAAGCCUGCAUGAACACCAAGUGUCUCAUUGUCGGAGGAGGACCAUGUGGCUUGCGCACUGCCAUUGAACUUGCCUACCUGGGAGCCAAAGUGGUUGUGGUAGAGAAGAGAGACACCUUUUCCCGGAACAACGUCCUGCACCUCUGGCCCUUCACCAUCCACGACCUGCGGGGCCUAGGAGCCAAGAAGUUCUAUGGGAAAUUCUGUGCCGGCUCCAUCGACCACAUCAGUAUCCGUCAGCUACAGCUUAUCCUGUUCAAGGUGGCCCUGAUGCUGGGAGUGGAAAUCCAUGUGAACGUGGAAUUCGUGAGGGUUCUAGAGCCUCCUGAAGACCAAGAAAAUCAAAAAGUCGGCUGGCGGGCAGAAUUCCUCCCUGCAGACCACGCCCUGUCUGACUUUGAGUUUGACGUCAUCGUUGGUGCCGACGGCAAUAGGAACACACUGGAAGGGUUCAGGAGGAAGGAGUUCCGGGGGAAGCUAGCCAUCGCCAUCACUGCCAACUUCAUAAAUAGGAACAGCACGGCCGAGGCCAAGGUGGAGGAGAUCAGUGGCGUGGCCUUCAUCUUCAACCAGAAGUUCUUUCAGGACCUUAAGGAAGAAACAGGGAUUGAUCUCGAGAACAUUGUCUACUACAAGGACUCUACGCACUACUUUGUCAUGACAGCCAAGAAGCAGAGCCUGCUGGACAAAGGAGUCAUCAUUAAUGACUACAUUGACACAGAGAUGCUCCUGUGCACAGAGAACGUGAACCAGGAAAAACUGCUCUCCUAUGCCCGUGAAGCCGCGGAUUUUGCCACCAAUUACCAGCUGCCAUCCUUAGACUUUGCCAUAAAUCACAACGGGCAGCCUGAUGUGGCCAUGUUCGACUUCACCUCCAUGUAUGCCUCAGAGAACGCAGCCCUGAUGCGUGAGCGCCAGGCACACCAGCUGCUCGUGGCCCUUGUGGGCGACAGCUUGCUUGAGCCGUUUUGGCCCAUGGGCACAGGCUGUGCCCGGGGCUUCCUGGCAGCCUUUGACACGGCAUGGAUGGUGAAGAGCUGGGACCAGGGCACCUCUCCCCUGGAGGUGCUGGCUGAAAGAGAAAGUCUUUACCGACUGUUACCUCAGACAACCCCAGAGAACAUCAACAAAAAUUUUGAACAAUACACAUUGGACCCAGCAACACGGUACCCAAACCUCAACUUGCACUGCGUCAGGCCUCACCAGGUGAAGCAUUUGUACAUCACUAAAGAACUGGACCGCUUCCCUCCCGAGAGAUGGGGCUCAGUGAGGAGAUCCGUUAGCCUCUCCAGGCGGGAGUCAGACAUCCGGCCUAACAAGCUCCUAACCUGGUGCCAGCAGCAGACCGAGGGUUACCAGCACGUCCGUGUCACCGACCUGACCACAUCCUGGCGCAGUGGCCUGGCCCUGUGUGCCAUCAUCCACCGCUUCCGGCCAGAGCUGAUCAACUUUGACUCGCUGAAUGAAGAUGACGCCGUGGAGAACAAUCAGCUGGCAUUUGAUGUGGCCAAGCGCGAGUUUGGGAUCCUGCCUAUGACUACCGGCAAAGAGAUGGCAUCUACUGAGGAGCCCGACAAGCUCAGCAUGGUCAUGUACCUCUCCAAGUUCUAUGAGCUCUUCCGGGGCACUCCACUAAGACCAAUGGAUUCCUGGCGUAAAAACUAUAGAGAAAAUACUGACUUCGAUUUGGGCAAAUCACUCAUUCCUAAUAACUAUCUCAACCUCACAUUUCCCAGGAAGAGGACCCCACGGGUAGACACCCAGACCGAGGAGAGUGACAUGAACAAGAGGAGGCGUCAGGGCGUCAACAGCCUGGAAGAGCUGCCAGUUUUCUCCAGCCGUAGCUUGGGCUCCAGUCAAGAGUGUGCUAGAGAAGGCGGCAAUCAGAACAAAGUCAAGUCCAUGGCCAGUCAGCUGCUGGCCAAGUUUGAGGAGAACACACGGAACCCUGCAGCCCAGAAACAGGACUGCCACCGGGUCUCGGGCAUAGGUAAGCCUGUCUUAUGCUCUGCCUCUCGCCCUCCUGCUACCCCUCACUGCCCCAAGCUGGAGGACUCCACUCCAAGGCUUCCACCUCCUCUGAAAAGGCAGUUCUCCUCCGUGGUGGCUACAGGACAGGUGCUCAGAGAACUCAAUCAAGUACCUGCUAGCGGCGAGUGCCCAAGCAGACCCUGGAGAGCCAGGGCCAAGUCAGACCUGCAACUGGGUGGGGCUGAAAAUCUCGCCACUCUGCCUCCCACCUGCCAAGGGGCACUGGCCCUGUCCGGGGUGCUGCGGCGGCUGCAGCAAGUAGAAGAAAAGGUUCUUCAGAAGAGGGCCCAGAACUUGGCUAACAGGGAAUUUCACAAAAAGAACAUUAAGGAGAAGGCAGCUCACCUGGCCUCCAUGUUUGGACACGGGGAUUUCCCACAGGAUAAACUCCUGUCUAAGCGUCUGCCUCACGCUCCUCCUCCAUCUCCUCCCUCUGGCCUUCCAUCUCCUGAUCCAGCUGCUCCUUCCUCUCCACCAGCUGCCGACUCUGUCUCUCCUGCCAGAAAGGUAAAACAGCACCCCGUCGCUUUCCAUUUUCUACCUUCUCAUCACAGGACGUUAGCCCCAGAUCUGACAGUAGGGAAAGUGUCCAGUGGAAUAGGGGCCGCGGCUGAAGUGCUGGCCAAUCUGUACUUGAAUGACCACAGACCUAAGACACAGGCCACCUCUCCAGACCUGGAAUCUGUGCGAAAGGCAUUUCCCCUGAGCCUGGGCGGCAGUGACACCUGCUACUUCUGUAAGAAGCGUGUGUUUGUGAUGGAGCGGCUGAGUGCCGAGGGUCACUUUUUCCACCGCGAGUGCUUCCGGUGCAGCGUCUGCACCACUACCUUGCGCCUGGCUGCCUAUGCCUUUGACUGCGAUGAAGGCAAAUUUUACUGCAAGCCCCAUUUCAUUCAUUGUAAAACCAACAGCAAACAACGGAAGAGACGGGCAGAGCUGAAGCAGCCAAGAGAGGAGGAAGGGACAUGGCAGGAGCAGGAAGCCCCUCGGAGGGACACUCCCGCGGAGAGCUCUUGCGCAGUGGCGGCCAUCAGCACGCCAGAAGGCAGCCCUCCAGAUGAGCCCAUCUCCCCCAAGAAGCCAAAGAGUGUCCCUGAGCCCACACCCAGAGACACGGACGCUGAAGUCACCUCUUCCCAACCCUCCGAAUGGACUUCAGUGAGGAUCGGUCCGGGAGAGGAUGCAGUCGGACAGGAUGUGCUGGCCGUGCGGGUCCUGGUCACCAGUGAGGACAGCAGCUCUGAUACAGAAUCUGACUAUGGUGGCAUCAGAGUGCCCUGUGCAAAGGCCUGCGAAGAAAGGCCCCAGCUUCCAGCAUCUCCACCUCCUUCAAAGCCCCCGGCCCGGCACUUUUCCCUGCGGGAGCCCCUGACUAAAUCAGCCUCUCUGCUAUACCACGAGGAGCCACUAGCUCUGCCUGCGCUGCAAAGGACCUACAGCCUCCAGUCGCCAACUCCAAGCAAAUACCAGAGCUGGGGAAGAAAAUUCCAGUCCUAUUCAACACCCAUGACCAGAAGAGCAUCACUGCCUCCCAAGGAGUCUCCUCCUCCUUCGUCUUUAUCUUCUUCGUCUUCCCUGCCGUCUUCCUUUUCUUCAAUUAGUGUACCUGAGCGCACUUCAGAUAAUUCCUCCUCUCCUCAGGUGCCAGCUUAUGACCUCCACUCCCUACCCAUCUCCAGAGGUAAUUUUAGCCCCACUCCGCUCUACCUAAGACGUGCCAGGGCUCAAGGGAUCUCGAAGGAAAUUCCUCUCUAUCUGCCUCAUAGCCCCGUGCUGGAGAGCACAGGCCUGGUGAGCCCUAGUGGAGAAGACCUCAGCAGCCCUGGCAAGACGGCUUCAGAGGACUGCCGGGAAACCUGGGCUCCUCCUGGGAGCACCAAAAGCAUGCAUCCCAUCGCAGGGAAGGACCAGUGUUUGUCCAAUCAAAACCUAACUCUUGAAACUGCAAGGAACCCAAGAGAAGUGAGUGAGGGACCCAGGAGGGAACAGACAGGUGGCCCAGGGCUGUCUGCAGAAAAGAAGCUGGGUUUGAAGAAAAUAACCCUCACACAGGAGCAGAAGAGCAAGUUACUAGACUGGAAUGACCCCACCCCUGAGCACAGGGCUGGGGAGCGACUCUCCCAAGAAAGAGCUGAAAACGGAAGAGGUCAUACCCCGAAACCAUUCUGCUCCUCUACCCUCCCUCAGGCGAUGAAAGAGAAGCUGCUAUCCCAGACAGGGGCCCAGGAGGAAGUAUGCACCCCAGCUGGCAAGUCGCCUCGGGAGCGAGAACAGCCUCCACCCAAGUCUCCCCUGAAAUACAUAGCAAAUGCCAUCCGAAAGUCUCUGCACCUCAGUUCUGAAGGUGGAAAGAAGGCCUGCCCUAAGCCAGAGUCAAAUACCUUGCCUCGGGGCCAACCACAUGGCUUCACUCGCUCCUUUAGUUUUCGGAAACCCAGCUCCAAUAAAGACAAAGACCAGCAGUCUCCAGUGAGACACAUGGCUAAGAGGGCUUCAGCCUUCUUUUCUCUGGCUUCUCCAACUUCUAAGGCUACCCCGGCCUCAGACCUUAGCCUUCCUGACCCUAUCCUCCGCUCCCGGAGUUUGCCCACUCGUCCGUCCAAGACGUUCUCUGCAACCACAUCCCCACCACCCCACGGCAAGAUUGAGGAUGUCCCCACCCUCCUGGAGAAAGUGAGUUUGCAGGAUGCCACCCACGUUCCAAAGAAACGAGCCUCGCGUAUUUCCUCCCUUGGCCUCAAAGAUAAAUCCUUUGAGAGUUUUCUCCAGGAAUGCAAGCAAAGAAAAGACGUUGGGGAUUUCUUUAGCAGCCCCAAGGAGAAGGGGCCACCCGGGAACAGAGUCCCAUCCUUGGAGAAGCUGGUAGAGCCUUUUGGCAGCACCUCGCUGAGGCAGGUGGCGCAUCUUCCUUCUCCAGGGCAGGAUGCACGCCUUGGAGCUCCAGUGACAGAGGCCACCUCUUCUCCCCCGUCUCCCGCCUCCUCCUCUGCAGAGGAAGAUGCUGGCUCCCAGUCUUCCUCACGGCUAAAGGAGAAGAUACCCAGAAGAAGAAGGAAGCUGGAGAAGCAGAUGGUUAAGCAAGAAGAAUUGAAAAGACUCCAUAAGGCUCAGGCCAUCCAGAGGCAGCUAGAGGAGGUGGAAGAGCGGCAGAGGAUCUCGGAGAUCCAGGGUGUGAGGCUGGAGAAGGUGCUCAGAGGAGAAGCAGAUUCAGGGACACAGGACGAAGCCCAGCUUUUGCAGGAAUGGUUUAAGCUGGUUCUGGAGAAGAAUAAAUUAAUGCGCUAUGAGUCGGAGCUACUGAUCAUGGCCCAGGAGCUAGAACUAGAAGAUCACCAAAGGAGACUGGAGCAGAAGCUACGACAGAAGAUGCUCAAGGAUGAGGGCCAGAAAGAUGAGAAUGAUCAAAAGGAGGAGCAAGAAAUAUUCAAGCAGAUGAUUCAGGUGAUUGAGCAAAGAAACAAGCUUGUGGAUUCUCUGGAGGAACAGCGUGUCAAGGAAAGAACCCAAGACCAACAUUUUGAAAACUUCGUUCUUUCCAGAGGCUGUCAACUCAGCAGGACUUAGGUGCUCCUCCCCCACUGAAGCCAGAGAACCAAGAGCGCCACCCUUUCUCACCCAGGCACUUAAUUUAGAAAGGAAGAAAGGAAAUUAAACGCCUCUCAUAUGAGUUCUGUGUGGUAGUUCAUAUCUGUAAUCUCUGCUGAAAAAAGCUAAGGCAGGAGGUUUGCUGUGAGUUCCAGGCUAGCCUGCGUUAUACAGGGAGAUCCUGUCUCAAAAAACAAGUAUCUUUUUAUAGGUCUUAUAGCUGUUUUGGCUUCCCAAGGUUUUUUCCAAGUCUUUAAUGACCAAGUGACAAAGGCCCUUGAGCUCGGCAGUGCACAUGAGCCAGUCCUGAGAGUGGAGGUGAUCUUGGCAGCCAGCCAGCAUUGUUUGCUCCCUGGAAAGUCACACAGGCUUGACCUCCCCACUGCCUUUGUCAUUUUCCUUUAUAAUUCAUUGAGUUACAUGUUUUAAGACUUUUAAGAAAUGCCUUUUCAUUAAUACGCCCAUAUUUGUCUUUUUUGCACGGCUGACCAGUUUCCAAAUGUCAGGACACAGCAGCGGCAGUUUAAAGAUUAGCGUAAUAUUUAAAUUGUGUUUCCAGAGAAAGCAGAGAAACCCAGAGAUUACUGAUUAAAUAAAGCCAAUAACUCAUAUAGCAGGUGUUAAUUCAAUCCAGGGUGAAUUUAAUUUACCAGGUAUAUUUAUA